AUGAACGUUCUCAAACGGUUUGACCACUUCGUGUCUGUGCGAGACGACACUGAGGAUGACGAUGACUUGCUUAGAGCCAACCGCGACCUAAAACCCACCCCUCCACAGGAGAGAACGUGGAAGACGUACAAUUACAUCGUGGUCUGGUUCCAGUCAGCGUUCGGAGUUAGUUCGUGGAAUACAGGAUCAUCACUUAUGAAGGCUACAGGGCUUCCAUAUAAACACGUUAUUGGGGGUGCUAUCAUAACUGCCUUCUUCUGCUGUUUGCUGGUGGUUGUUUCUGCCCGGUCGGGAGCCGAUUACCAUAUCGGGUACCCUGCGGUUGCAAGGGCUGUCUUUGGGGUGUGGCUUGCCAGCUUCUUUGUGUUUGUGCGUAUGUUUGUUGCUGCCUUGUGGUUUGGUGUCCAGACUUAUUAUGGCUCGAGAUGUUUCGACAUUGCCCUACGCUGUGUGUUUGGCCAUAAAUGGACAGACAUUCCAAAUUACCUCCCUGACAGUGCACAAAUUACGACACGGCUGAUGGUAGCAUUUUUACUAUACUGGAUCGUGCAGUUCCCGUUGAUGUUUUUGCAUCCAAGACAGAUCCGUUGGUUCUUCACCGUUAAGGGUAUUAUCAUGCCUAUUGCCGCUUUUGGUCUUUUUAUCUUUUGUAUGAUCAAGGGAGGUGGUCCUGGAGACUACGAUAUUGGUGUCAGUGUGGAAAAGGUCACUACUACCGGCAACCAAUGGAUUCAUAUGAUCAACUCUAUCAUUGGAUCGGUGUCUGCGAUGAUCAUCAAUCAGCCAGACAUUGCUCGGUACGCAAAGAAGAAGCACAGUGCCAUCUGGCCCCAAUCAAUUGGUUACAUUCCCUCGACGCUUGCAAUUUUGUUGAUCGGCAUGGCCUCUAAUGCUUCCAUCCGCAGAGCUUACGGAGAGUCAUACUGGAGCAUGUGGGACCUGCUGUCUGCUAUACUUGAGAACGAGUGGGGCCCAGGCACGCGCUGUGCCGUGUUCUUAUGCUCUGUCUCAUUUGCUCUCGGCGCAGCAGGUACAAACAUUUUUGGCAACUCUAUUCCAUUUGCUGCUGACCUGUGUGGUCUGCUACCAAAAUACUUCACUAUUGUUCGCGGCCAGAUCUUCCUCGGGCUUCUGGCAUGGGGAAUGGUCCCAUGGAAAAUGAUUAACUCUGCAGCUACACUUGUCUCAUUUCUUGGUUCUUACUCCAUUUUCGUCGCUCCUUUGCUCGGGUGUCUGUUAUCUGACUUCUACAUCAUCCGCAAAGGCAACAUCCACGUUCCCUCAUUGUACACGAAGAAUCCAAAGGGAAUCUACUAUUUCUACAAGGGGUUCAACAUAUGGGCAGCAGUGGCAUGGCUCAUUUCCCCGAUUAUCGCUAUUCCUGGCCUUUACAGAUCCUACCAUCCCGAAGCGUUGACCCAGACAGCCUCGAACAUUUUCUACGGUGGCUGGUUGUACACGUUUAUCAUUGGAUUUGUCGCCUACACUGUUCUCGGGUUGAUCUUCAAGCCUAAAAUAUACCCGGAUGAGUAUAGCGAGACUCCCAAAACAUGGGAGUAUUUGGUCGAGACCAACGGCUUUUUCGAGGACGACGAGCCAAUCAACGGUGUGGGCUACCCUGGAACAGUGGUUGAAGUUGAGAAAGACGUUGCUUCUGGAAGCUACGAGCACAAGAGCGACCUACAGGUUGUCAUGAGUGCAAGAUCCGUGGGUCAGAUGUAA